CAACACCACACACAAAACUCUUGACUACUCCUCUUCACAUCACCAAAUUCAGCUCGACAGCCACGAUGUCCUUUAGCAUCGCCGGCCGUAAUCUCAAGCUCGACAGCGCAGCGGAUAUUCAACCGCAUCUCGAUGAGCUCAAUGCCAUUCCCGAUCUCACGGAGGUCCACUUUGGCGGUAACACCCUAGGCGUACCAGCAUGCGAAGCCUUGGCGGCCGUCCUCGCCACAAAGAAGAAGCUGCGCAUAGCAGACUUUGCGGACAUCUUCACUGGUCGAUUGAUCAGCGAGAUUCCACAAGCGCUCAAGGCUCUCUGCGACUCCUUGGCAGAGAAUGAGGCUCUCGUCGAGCUCGACCUAAGCGACAAUGCCUUCGGCGGACGAUCUGCUGAGCCCAUGGUCCACUUCCUCAAGACAAAUCGCCAUUACUCUGUCCUCAAACUCAACAACAACGGUCUCGGUGUCACUGGUGGAUCCAUCGUCGCAAAGGCCCUCAUCGAAGCAGCAGAAGCCAUCAAGUCCGAAGGCGGCACUAGCCAGCUCCGAACAGUCAUCUGUGGACGCAACCGCCUCGAAAAUGGGUCUGCGCCCCUCUGGGCUGAAGCUUUUGCAAAGCACGGUGGGCUGAGGGAGGUGAGAAUGUUCCAAAAUGGCAUCAGGAUGGAGGGAAUUGAGGCGAUCUCCCGUGGUCUGUCCCAGUGCAAGGGCCUAGAGGUACUCGACUUGCAGGACAACACGGCCACCCUGAGGGGAUCGAGGGCCAUUGCGGCUGCGUUGCCCAACUGGCCGGAGCUCAAAGUGCUCAACCUGAGCGACAUGCUGCUCAAGCCCAAGGGAGGGAUGUUGGUUGCUGAGGCGCUGGCGAAGGGAGGAAACACAAAGUUGGAGACGCUCCAGCUGCAGUAUGAUGAUAUUGACCGUAAAGGGUUGGCGGCGCUGGGUGGCGCCAUCAAGCGUCAUCUCAGUGCAUUGACGAAGCUGGAGAUCAACGGAAACUGGGCGGAUGAGGAUGACGAGUGCAUCACGAGCAUCAAGGAGGCGCUCGAAGCGCAUGGACAUGAGGAUGCUCUGGAUGAAUUGGACGAGCUGGACCCGGAGGGAGAAGAGUCCGAGGCUGAGGAGGACGACGAAGAUGAUGAGGAAGACAAGGAAGAUGAAGAAGAGGAGAAGGCAGAAGCGACCAAGCCAGAGGACACCAAAGCGCAAGCUACCGCGCCCACCGCUCCAUCCUCGACAGAAGCAGCGCCCAUCGUCGCCUCAACCGCAGGAGCAGCUGCCCUUGCUACCGGCGCUGCUGCUGCCGCCGCCGCCGCCAACACCAGCUCGACGGAGCAGAAAGACUCGGCUCCUUCCAAGCCCGUCGAAGCCAUCAAGGAGGAGGAGAAGGCCGACCCCGCCCCCGUCCACGCCACGACGGACACUGCUCCCCCUUCAACCUCACUCCCGGCAAGCGCAUCGGAAAUGCAAGUCGACUCGCAAACACAGAGCGCUCGUGCUGCCGCCCAUGCCGAGUCUUCGGCCUCGGGCCCUUCAGCAGAUCAGCAACUCGUCGAGUUGAUGGGCAAUGUGGGCUUUGGACAGGGAGAGAAGAAGAAGGAGGAGGAGGCAGCUCCUGUCGCAGCUGCUGCUGCCGGCGUGGCUGCCGCUGCCUCGGCCGCCGCCGCUACCACCGCGGCUGCCCUCUCGGCGUCAGCCAAGGAGGGGGAGAAGAAGGCUACCCCCGUCUCCGAGGCCAAGCCAGAGCAUUCAGCUGCUCCCGCCUCAAGCGCAGAGCCAGCCGCUCCCACGGCUCACGCCCCUCUGAGCGGAGAGGCGGCCCCUCAAGCCCCAGCCCCUGGGCCGGCUGAGGUGGCUGCACCCGCUGAGGCGCCCACCCAAGCUGUUGGGCCCAGUGGCGAGGGGGGGAAAAAGGAGACUCUCCCUGUCGUUGAGACGGAGGAGGAGAAGAAGCCUGCAAAGAAGGACCCCAUCACUGUCGCUGCUCCCGCUGCUACUCAAGAAGAAAUCAAGGCCCCAGCAGCACAGCCUCAGGCCCCAACUGAGCCGCAGAACCAAGCUGCGGCUGCGGCCCCUGCAAUCGCUUCCGCAGCACCAGCUUCGGCACAAGUCACGCCCAGUAAGCACGCCCAACAGGGUAGCCUAGACCUCAACGACGAGCUUUACGCCGCUCCGGCGGCAGCUUCCUCGUCCGCUGCGCCAGCGCCAGCGCCAGCACAGGCACAGGCACGAACACAAGCAGCACAAGAGACAACGGUGCAGGAGCAACAGCAGCAGAAGAAGAAACGCGGUGGACUCAAGGCCGCUUUUGGUGCGGUAAAGGAGUUGCUGUUCAAGUGAGCGAGCGAGCGUUGAACGAGAGGGUAAGGCGAGGAUGAGCAUCAGCAUACGGGUCGGCGGUCAAUUGCAUUCGUACACUAGAC